AUGGCCACAAGUCGUGAGGAGCGUAUGCAACAACGCAUGCGCGGGGCAGGGCGUCAUGAAGUUUCUGAUGAAUCCUUUGGCUUCAUUCUGCCCGUCGAGGAAUCCCCCGAAGCGCCUGUGGCCGCGCCCGAGCCCGCGCCCGAACCCGAACCCGAACCAGAGCCAACUCUGGCACCGACACCAGCACCAGUGCCCGCAACUCGACCAACACCAAACACAUCGGCGAAUACCUCAGCCAAGAGGCGAAGGUUGAAUACGGGAACAGUUUCUGUCCAGCCAGCGCGAGCAAGGUCCAUAGAAGAAGUAGAACAACCUGUCAGCGCAGCAAAGGGUAAUCCAUACGACGUUAGGCACGAUGAAUCUCCCGAUGGGCCUCCACCGGGACCAGCUUUGGUACGUCCUGCCGCUGAAGAGACGGAAAAUGUCGAAGAUACGAUGGAAUCAUUGCCUGAACCGGUCCCUCGGCCUGCUUCCCGUGAGUCUGUGUCAGGGCUAGUAAUGGGGCCCGACAUAAUCGAGGAAGUUACGGAAAGUCCUGCUGGAGCGCCAGGUAGUGGACAUCGACGGAGGAUCAGAGACAGUGAUGUCACUACAAAAAGUGCUAAAUUGCAGCGCGCGGUGCUCAAUGAGGACGAUACAAUUACUGGCGAAUUUGCAAAUUCUUCUCCAUUGGCGAGGAAGACACGCAAGGCCGGUGCGACCCCGAGUGCGCCUUCAAUACAUUCUACCCAAACAAGGACCAGAAGUGCAAUAGCUACAGCAUAUGAACAAGACGACUACUCAUCACCAAGAACCCGACUGUCUAGAAAGAGUGCGAGCACGGCGGCUAGCAGCUCGGCUCGUUCAAAUCGAAGUGGGAACCGGCGAAGUACAUUGAGAUUGGCCGCAGAGGCACCAGAUGAGCUGGCCUCUCCAGUUCCACUCGUAGAGAGUCGACGAAGAGCUCAAGCAAAGGCAAAGGGGAAGGGGAGGGCCAGACGCGUACCGGAGCCCGCACAAGUUGAAGCAAAGGUGACAGAUGAUGAGGGAGAGGCUAAUAUCGAGGAAGCCGAGGAAGCCGAGGAGAUCGACGCCAAUGAAACGGCGCGUCGCAUAGGGAGGAAACGUCUUCGGGAGAGUCCAUCAAGGGGUGAGUCUCCAGAGCUUCAUGAGGCGCGCCCAGCAAAGAAGCACCGGCAGAAGCGCAUGCAGGAGAGUCCAGCGAAGCAAUCCCAGCCCAAAGCGCAGAAGAACAAACCCAAAGCGACUCGCAGAAGACAGAGCGACGGAGAACACAUUCCUAUCACUGUUCAAAGAUACACCAAGCGCCAACGCCACGAUGAGGACGACACCGAUGCCGAUAUCCUCAACUCUGAGAUACCCUUUACGAACCGUGGCGGCGUCAAUGUGGUGGAUGUGCUAUCGCAAAUGUGUGAUGAAGUGAUUGAGUCGAACCUGGUUACUCUGCAAGAAGCCAUCGCGAACGCUCAAGACGCGGCAACGAAGAGAGAAUACAGGACGAAAUUGCGAGCUCUCGAGGCAUUCCAGGAGGAGCUGCGGACUCGGCUUUUAGAGCACACGAUCGCGCUGGAUACGCUGCAUGCACUUAAGAAACGAGUGCGGUCAGUGCAAAAGGAGAAGUUAUCAUUACGCAAUGAAAUUAUUCGCAUUCGUGCAGAGAGAGAGCAAGUGGCGUUGAAGAUGGAUGCGGUCAGAAUACGCCACGACACGGAAAGUCAAAAAACACUGGACCAACUAAAACUCUCGUCUGCAAUGCAUGACAUAGAAUUGGCAGUCGAGAAUGGGCGGUCAGCUCCAGACCUUGGACCAAAAGAGCAGAAAAUGGCUGAUUUGGCGAACCUCGAACUUCUAGCGACCCGAGUCGCAGGACAAGCUUGCGGUGAGGUUGGCGGCUCUGGAAGCCUGCAGCAGCUGAAGGAUUUCAAUGCGUUGCUUGAACGAGCCGCCACGGUUUUGGAGGUCAGAUAG